GUCCACACAACAACGCAGGCAGUGUUUUUGAGGAUGGCCUCGACCUCCGCUGCUCAUUCCCACCUUUCUGAAUAUGAGAUUUGGUGGAGUGGCCACUACAAAUUCCUCGAAGAAAAGGGUUACAAGCUACGAAGUCGCUACAGUCCAGAUUGGGUCCCCUCUUGGACGAACACCAACAAAGUUGAUAUAAACUGUGAGGAUGGGAUUGUGCCACCACACUAUCUUGUGCUAGAUGCACGGCGUAUUCAAGACGGCGCUCGAGUAUCACUGAAACGCAUAAACAUAUCCCGUCACCCUUAUGAGAUAGAGAUCGGUCGCUAUUUCUCUACCCAUCCUCUUAGCAUUGACCCAGCCAACCAUUGCGUGCCAAUUUACGAUGUUUUGGAGGUGCCCGUCGACAAUCAUACUGUGAUAAUUGUCAUGCCGUUACUUCGAGAUAUUAUGAAUCCCUCUUUUGACACGGUUGGAGAAGUUGUUGAUUGCGUUCACCAGCUGUUUGAGGGGCUGCGCUUUAUGCACAGGCAUCAUGUCGCUCACCGUGACUGUAUGCAACUGAACAUGCUGAUGGACGGCUGCAUGUUCAUAGAUGCAUGGCAUCCAAGCGAACAAUAUAUGUCAGAGGACCUCAAACGCCCAGCCAGGUAUCGCACGCGCAUGCAAUCACCACCAAAAUACUACUACAUAGACUUUGGUAUCUCCCGCAAAUAUGAGGCAUCCAACACCAACCCAUUGGAAGAUCCCAUAUUCGGUGGGGAUAAGGAAGUACCUGAAUUCAAGGAAGACAAUUUUAAACCUCGAAACCCUUUCCCAACUGAUGUUUGGUAUCUUGGACAUGCCAUCCAGGAAACGUUUCUCGACCACUACUCAGGCGUAGAAUUUCUGGGCGGUCUAGUAUCGGACAUGAUGGAUUCGGAUCCAGCACAGCGUCCGAACAUGGACGAAGUUUUUUCUCGAUUUCAGGUUAUACGCCAAGGCUUCAGUAACUGGAAAUUACGUUCCCGGGUGGCCCCUGAUGGCGGGAGAUCUCUUUUUGAUUUCUUAGCCCACUGGGCACGUCGCAUUCAGUACAUAGUACGCAGGAUUCCUCCAACACAUACCUCGCUGUCAUAAAGUGGACUUCUUUGUAAACAGUCUCUUACAAUGCACGAGUUUUUUGCCCCUGAGUCUUUGCAUCUAUAGGGUGUGAGGCCUUGAGGUGUCAUGCUGACUUCACGCUACACACUUGACUACACAGCGUCAGAUGCAUUCAAAUCAAUGAACCGGCGAGUUCUUGCUGGUGAUUAUGCUGAUUGCCAUCCUUUUACAUGGUCGUAUAUUACUUUAUAUUCUAAUGUACAAGCGGUCCGCUCACCUUCGGACGUCUUCUACC